AUGCAAAUUCGUCGUCGGUGUCGACGUUAUUACUUAUCUCAAGCUUCACUGUUAUUCUUGACAAUAAUUUCGACAUUUCUCACUAUGAUGUUCUUCCAACGAUACUUUUACAGUAUUUUUCUACCGCAACAAUAUGAAAUCGAUCAAAUCUUUCAUAUCGACGAAACUGAUCUCGAUGAUGCACGUAUAUUACCAACCAAAAACAUCCAUUUGAUCUCCAAGGAAUACUUCAAUACUACACAAUUAACAUGUCAAUACCCAAAACUAUCCAUCGAUAAUCCUAACAUAUGGCAAUAUUUACAGCCAGUGAGAAAAUCCAAACCUGAUUGCGAAAAAGCGGCUAAUUGGGUUUACGUGGAAAAUGGUUUGCUGACAGGAAAGAAAUCUAAUGAAAUCAAGCGAUUUUCUUCUUUAGGAACAUUUCGAUUAUCUCAACAAGCUUUACAGAAACAUGGAGCAAUUGUUUGUGCUUAUCGUCCAAUUCUCCGGUCAAAGGAUGAUUUCUCUACGAUGGAAGGUGCUCGAUUAUUCCCUAUUGUUGAUAAAAUGCCACUUGUAUCUGACUUUUUCCGUGCCGAUUGUCGAGCACGUGACGGAAGUUUCUAUUCGAACAUUCAUUCAGGUAUUAUGUUCGAUGCUGGUCUACAUAUGAGACAUAUUUGGAAUCCAAUGGUGAAAACCCAUUUAGGUUAUAAUGUGUUAAUGUUUGGCUUUGAUUCCGUAUCGCGGAUGACUUUCAUGCGUUUUCUACCGAAAAGUUAUAAUUAUUUAAUCAAAGAACUCGGCAGUAUUGUAAUGAAAGGAUAUAAUAUUGUUGGUGAUGGAACACCGGCAGCUCUUUUGCCGAUUCUGACUGGUAAAACAGAGCGAGAAUUGCCCGAAGCAAGACGAGGUCACACUGACGCACAAACAGUAGAUCGAUUUCCGUGGAUCUGGAAGAAAUUCAAAGAUAAUGGCUAUGUAACCCAAUGGGCUGAAGAUCUACAAAGUGUCGGAACGUUUCAGAUGCGUUUGAAAGGCUUUCGUGAUCAACCCGUUGAUCACUACGGUCGUCCAUUCUAUCUCGUUGCUGAAUCGAUGCGUACCUCGAAACCAUACUGUUUCGGCUCGAUAACACGUUUCAAAUCCAUGCUCAAUUGGAUACGCGAUCUCUAUGACAUGUAUCCAAUUCAACCGAAGUUCUCGUUUGUUUUCCAUUCUCAAUAUUCCCAUGAUUCGAAUAAUCGUUUGCCGUAUGGUGAUGAUGAAUUACUCGAAUUCUUGAAAUUUAUGCAUCAACAUGGAUAUUUUGAUCAGACUAUAUUUCUUUUAAUGACUGACCAUGGUGCUCGAUUUUCUUCGUUGAGAAAAACUUACCAAGGCAAACUGGAGGAACGUUUGCCGUUCAUUUCUAUUCGUAUGCCUCCAAGUUUCCAAGAGAAAUAUCCUCAUUUAAUGUCAAAUUUACGUUUGAAUUCGCAUCGUUUGACCACUCCAUUCGAUUUGCACGAAACAUUUGAACAUUUAUUUGAAUUUCAUUCGAAUGAACCGUAUCAACCGAAGACAAGUCGCUCGUACAGUUUAUUUCAACUAAUUCCCGAGAAUCGAACUUGUGAACAAGCUGAUAUCGAACAACAUUGGUGUGCGUGUUUAAAUUGGAACGAUGUUUCAAUCAGUGAAACCAUUAUCCAACAAUUUGGACAGCAAGCGGUGGGUUUUCUCAAUGAGUUCGUUACUGAUUACAAAAAAGAAUGUGCCAAGUUGAGUUUAUACCAAAUCAACAAAGCUAGCCAAUUGAAACUCAACGAUCAACUAUUGAAAUUCGCCGGUUCAAGCGAUAAAGAUGGUCGUGUACCAACAUUCCGUAAUCAGACAUUCAAAUCAUUGAACAAAACUUUAGAAUUAACUCACAUGAAAUCGUAUCAGAUACAGUUCGAAACCGUUCCUGGACAUGGACAAUUCGAGUUAACGGCCGAGUACGAUCCUGUAAAUAAAGCAUUUCUCAUUCGGAAACGACGUUUAAGUCGAAUGAAUAAAUAUGGACAAACAUCGGCUUGUAUCGCACAUAAGAGACCCGAGUUUCGAGAGAUUUGUUAUUGUUCAAACUUGUUAAACCGGACGCAGAAAUUGAAUGCAUCUCUUGUUAAUUCUGUUCGAAAGAAUGUGAAAAAUGCAAUAAAAACAAUGAAAACUGUUGGCAAAAACAACAGUUUCUCUGUCUAA